AGGUGGCUUGGGAGUUAGCGAGUGUGUUUGUGGUCCAAACUGUGGUGGCAUGGGGUGUUCAUUGCAUUGCAUGCAUUACCUUAUUCGUGGAUUGGAGGUUGUGGACCCAGCGCCGUGCUUCACCAGACACAUCAACUCCACUACCCAUCGUUUCGUAUGCAAUUGGCUCUUUACCUCCUGCGGCUCUUCAUGUGCUACGUGACAGAAUUCUGCUAUUAUAAUCCCACCAAAAUCCCCCAUCCUCAGCUUCUCUUCAUUUAGCUACUCAACCUCUCCUCUCACUCUAUCUCUUGUUUUCCUCUCACCACCUUCCUCUCUCCCAUGGUUCCACUCUUCCAAUCAUGCCUUCUCAGCCCAACUUCCACUUCUCUCUCCCAAGGUGGAUUGGACUGCUUUGCCGCCGAAAUCGCCAGAUUGAGAGUAACGACAGUAGCGGCGACAGCGGCAGCAACAAUAUCAACGUGGAUGACACUGCCGUCUCUAACUCCGUAGAAUGCUACGCCUGUACCCAGGUUGGUGUUCCUGCCUUCCACUCCACCAGCUGCGACCACGCCCACCAGCCCGAAUGGGUGGCCUCUGCCGGCUCAUCUCUUGUCCCUAUCCAAAACCGGCCUGGCCCCAAGAAGAGUCCCUCAUCUAAAGCCCAACCACGGGUACACAGAGGCCCCUUGAAAACAAUCCUCGACCCUCGUAGCAAGCGCGUUCAGAAAUGGAACCGCGCGUUUCUUCUGGCUCGUGGCAUGGCUCUAGCUAUUGAUCCAUUGUUCUUCUACGCGUUGUCAAUUGGAAGAGGUGGUGCUCCGUGCCUGUACAUGGACGGUGGAUUAGCCGCUAUAGUGACUGUUCUCCGCACGUGUGUGGAUGCGGUGCAUUUGUGCCACUUGUGGUUGCAGUUCAGGCUGGCAUACGUGUCGCGGGAAUCGCUGGUGGUUGGGUGUGGGAAACUGGUAUGGGAUGCACGUGCCAUCGCCUCCCACUACGUGCGGUCCUUGAAAGGGUUCUGGUUCGAUGCGUUUGUAAUACUGCCAGUCCCACAGGCUGUGUUCUGGUUAGUUCUUCCCAAAUUGAUAAGAGAAGAGCAUAUUAAGCUGAUAAUGACAAUACUUCUACUUAUCUUCUUGUUCCAAUUCCUCCCUAAAGUGUACCACUGCAUUUACUUGAUGAGAAAAAUGCAGAAGGUUACAGGUUAUAUCUUUGGCACCAUUUGGUGGGGUUUUGGCCUUAAUCUCAUUGCCUACUUCAUUGCCUCUCAUGUUGCUGGAGGAUGCUGGUAUGUUCUUGCCAUUCAACGGGCAGCUUCGUGCCUGAGGCAGCAGUGUCAAAGAAGACCAAAUUGUGACCUAUCUUUGUCCUGCUCAGAGGAGAUCUGUUAUCAGUUUCUGGCAUCUGCAAACACAAUUGGAAAUCCAUGUGGUGGUAACUUUACCACGGCUGUUAGAAAGCCAAUGUGCUUGGAUAUUAAAGGCCCAUUCAAAUAUGGAAUCUAUAAGACUGCUCUACCUGUCAUUUCCAGUAAUUCUUUGGCUGUCAAGAUCUUUUAUCCCAUAUUUUGGGGUUUAAUGACUCUCAGUACCUUUGGCAAUGAUCUGGAACCCACGAAUAAUUGGCUAGAAGUAAUUUUCAGUAUAUGCAUAGUCCUUAGUGGUUUAAUGCUCUUCACUUUGUUGAUUGGGAAUAUCCAGGUGUUCCUGCAUGCGGUCAUGGCAAAGAAGAGGAAAAUGCAGCUGAGAUGCAGAGAUAUGGAAUGGUGGAUGAGGCGGAGACAGUUACCAUCUCGUUUGAGACAGAGAGUUCGCAACUUCGAAAGACAAAGAUGGGCAGCCAUGGGAGGUGAUGAUGAGAUGGAAUUAAUCAAAGACUUACCUGAAGGACUCCGACGAGAUAUCAAGCGCUACCUUUGCCUAGACCUCAUUAAGAAGGUUCCUCUGUUCCACAACUUGGAUGAUCUUAUUCUUGACAACAUCUGCGAUCGGGUUAGGCCCCUUGUGUACUCUAAAGAUGAAAAGAUAAUUAGAGAAGGAGAUCCUGUGCAAAGGAUGGUGUUCAUCAUUCGUGGGCGUAUCAAGAGAAGCCAAAGCCUCAGUAAAGGCAUGGUAGCAACCAGCGUGCUUGAACCAGGAGGGUUUCUGGGUGAUGAGCUGCUUUCUUGGUGCCUCCGCCGCCCAUUCAUAGACCGGCUUCCAGCCUCAUCUGCUACAUUCGUUAGUAUAGAAUCUACAGAAGCAUUUGGACUUGAUGCAAACCAUCUUCGUUACAUCACAGAUCAUUUCCGUUACAAGUUUGCUAACGAAAGGCUUAAGCGGACUGCGAGAUAUUAUUCCUCGAAUUGGCGAACAUGGGCAGCAGUGAACAUACAAUUUGCUUGGCGGCGCUACAGGAAGAGGACUAGAGGUCCGGUGACUCCUGUAGUAGAAAAUGGAGGCUCUGAUCGUCGGCUACUUCAGUAUGCUGCAAUGUUCAUGUCAAUCAGGCCACAUGAUCACCUCGAAUAAGACCUUGCUUAGAUACUCUUCACUUGUAUCCAUUGCUUAAUAAGUCUUGUUCCUUGCUUUAGGCGCAAAAUUCUCCAUGGUAGAUAGACCUGGCCAUGGAAUAUAAACUUUUUAUUUUUUGGCACUUGAUAGCCUCAUUCUUCGCAAGUUGAUUAAAAGUUUAUUUUUGUUUCUUUUA